AUGCCGAAACAGCUGUUAGCCUUACUAAAAAUUUUACCUCGUCUUUGGCCAUUUUUUAACCAUCCCAGUUCAAGUGUUCGAAAAGCCACUUUACAAACGCUUGAAACUCUAGUUGCUCAGGACAAAGACAUUAGUAUCGAUUCCAAAAAGCUAUGGGGUGAAGAUGGUGUUUUAAGACUUAGAGAAGCUUUACAAAAUGUUUUCCAACGUAUUCUAAUUGAUCAUGUUCCUGUUAUUCAAGAUAUUGCAGAGCGUGUAUGGGAAAAGUUAAUUGUUCAAAGUGAUUUAGAACUCUUGUUACAUGCAGUUUGUCCUGUAAUAGGCACAUGGUUGUGUUUAGCCAUGCAAUCAGAGCUUAUACCAUACAAUACGAAUCUUCUUAUAAAUAUCACAACACGAAGAACUAUUAAUGUUUCAACCAAAAUAUCUUUACCAUCGGAGCUUAAAAUUUAUUUAGGUGGUACAGAAACAGUCCCUCAAAGUACUCGUCACUUAAAUGUUGCACGAGCACGAUGUAUGGCUUCUAGAAUGCUUGGAUUACUAUCAAAAUACAUUGUUAAACCUGCUCCAGGAAUAAAUUAUUCAACGGCAGCUCCAAGUCCAACUUUGUGUUAUGCAAAAGUACUUCUUGUUCAUUUAAAUUCUAAAUCAGCAUUGCAAAGAACAGUAGUAGCUUUGAUAAUGGGUCACUGGGCAACAUUCAAUGAGGCAGAUUCUCUAGUUAUACCAGAAAUACUUAAGGAACAGUUAUUUAUUUGUCUCAACGAGUAUAUUUACUAUGAUGAAAUAGCAAGUUGUCUUAAUCGGCUGCUUCAUGAAUGUCACGAUUAUAUUGCAAUCUUAAAACAAACAAAAAUUUUAUUUAAUUCAGAAAUUAACACAGAUACAGUAAUGAACCUUGAUCAAAUAGUUCAAUUAGCUUCCACGCCAGUUUCAAGUUUGCAAACAGUGGAUUUUGAUGGCUCUGGUAAUGCAUCUACAAACACUACUGCAGUUGAAUCUAAACUUUUGGAAAAUUUGGAAGAACGACGACAUUCUUUAGAGGUGGAAGCUUUAAAUAAGGCAUCUCAACAACAAACCUUACACAUUACAGUAACUGCAGCUUUAGCAGGUGCAGCUACCAUGUUACAUUGCUUACCUAAGCCACCUCAAACUUUAAAUCCACUUAUCAAGCCCUUAAUGGAAUCCAUUAAAAGAGAAAAGGAUGGUGAAUUACAGAAACUUUCUGCAAAACAUCUUGCACACUUGGUUUAUUUAUGUGUUACUAGAAAUCCGUGUCCUAAUUCAAAGAUAAUUAGCAAUUUGUGUAUGUUUUUGUGCUCUGAUCCAGAAUUGUCACCACGCAUCAUUGUUUCUAAUGGAGAAUCAGAUGUCUUUAAUGGAAUCAUGACACUUAGCCACCGACAAAAAGAAGCCGAAAGCUUGGCAUCCCUGAGAAGUAACUCAAGUGGUAUAUUGAAUAGCAGUGGGCUUGGAAGACCUUUAGUUAUGGAUAUUUCUUUAGAACAAACCCAAUUUUUUGAUGAACCCGAAAUUAAUGCUGCUGCAAGAAGAACGCAAGGAGCAAAAUUUGCUCUCACUGAAAUUGCUUCUUUGUUUGGUACUCAGCUACCAAGUAAAUUACCACAUUUAUGGGUCUUCAUGUUACCAGAUAGUUUAAGAAAUUAUAGUAUUAAUUCAAGCAAAAUUAUGUCAUUAGAAGAAACUAAUAAGUUAGUUCUCAGUCUUCAAGUCUUAGAAGUUGUGGUACCAAGCUUAGAUGAUUCGCUUAUUCCAUGUGUUAUGAAGUGUCUAGAAAAUAUUUGUUUUCUACUGACUAAUCCUUACAAAAUUUUAAGACACAUGGGAUCACGUUGUAUAGCAGUAUUAGCAUCGCUUAGGACUAAAGAGUUGUAUAAUUUUGUGAUGCGAUUGGUGGUCGGAUUAUUAGAAUCCCACUCUGGUUUGAGCAACUCGAAAUUAUCUAUAAGUCCAAGUGAAGUUAAUACAUACCGCCAAGGUGCAUCAGAAGCUUUAGCUUGCUUGACCGACAUUUUGGGACUAAGUAUUGUGCCGUACGCUGUUAUUUUUAUGGUUCCGCUAUUAGGAAGAAUGAGUGAUAAAAACGAGGCCGUACGGUUAACUUCUAGUGCAACAUUUGCAACGCUUAUACAACUGCUUCCUUUGGAUUCAAGAAAAAUCAAUGAAGAUAAUUUAACCAAAGAAAGGAUACAGAAACAUGACUUCCUUGAGCAGUUACUGAAUCCCAGUAGAAUUCCAGAUACUAAACUGCCAUUCCCAAUUUUCGUACAAUUGAGGUCUUAUCAGCAGCAAGGUCUUAAUUGGUUAAACUUUUUAAAUCGGUACCAAUUGCAUGGUAUUUUGUGUGAUGACAUGGGAUUAGGAAAAACUUUGCAAACACUAAGUAUCUUGGCUCUAGAUCAUCAUUGGCACAAUCAAGCACCAACAAGCCUUGUUGUGUGCCCACCUACUUUAACUGGUCAUUGGAUUUUUGAAGCAAAAAAAUUUUUUAAAACUGAAAAUUUGUCAGUUGUACACUACUCUGGCAUUCCCCUCGAACGUGAAAAAAUGAGGUUGAGGAUUGAAUCAUACAAAUUAGUGGUAGCAAGCUAUGACAUUGUCCGAAGGGAUAUAGAUUUUUUUCAAGCAAUUCAAUGGAACUACUGUGUAUUGGAUGAAGGACAUAUAAUCAAAAAUGGAAAAACGAAAAAUGCUAAAGCAAUAAAAAAACUACACGCUCAUCACAGGUUAAUUCUUUCUGGUACUCCAAUACAGAACAAUGUCUUAGAACUUUGGUCACUCUUUGAUUUUCUUAUGCCUGGAUUUCUUGGUAGUGAAAAACAAUUUUCUCUUAAGUACUCAAAACCAAUCUUAGCUUCUAGAGAACCUAAAGCUAGUGCGAAGGAGCAGGAAGCUGGUGCCUUAGCUAUGGAGGCUCUUCACAGACAAGUACUGCCGUUUCUUCUUAGGCGAAUAAAAGAAGAUGUUCUUCAAGAUCUUCCACCCAAAAUAACACAAGAUUAUUAUUGCGAUCUUUCUGAUUUGCAAAAAUCUCUGUACGAAGAUUUUAAAACUAAUCACUCAGCCACUGUAGUGAGAGAUUUCAAUACACUUGAUCAUGUUAAACGUAGACAUGUUUUUGAAGCCUUAAGAUAUCUUCGGAAUGUAUGUAAUCAUCCGAAACUGGUACUUCAUCCUAGCCAUUCACAGUAUCAAACGGUAAUAAAGACAUUAGCUUGUCAAAACAACACUUUGUCAGAUAUAGAACAUGGAGGUAAACUGCCUGCUCUAAAACAAUUAUUGCUUGAUUGUGGAAUUGGUCAGUCUCAAAAUCAACAUUCACAGCCAGGUGCACUUGAAAAUCAAUCACAAAUGCAGUUAGUAAGUCAACACAGAGCUCUCAUAUUUUGCCAAUUAAAGGCUAUGCUAGACAUUGUCGAAAAUGAUCUUUUGAAAACACAUCUUCCAAGUAUUACGUAUCUUCGACUUGAUGGAAGUGUGCCGUCUUCUCAACGACACUCACUUAUAACACGUUUUAAUAAUGAUCCAACAAUAGAUGUACUUAUGUUAACUACUCAAGUAGGUGGACUAGGAUUGAAUCUUACUGGUGCAGAUACUGUUAUUUUCGUAGAGCAUGAUUGGAAUCCAAUGAAAGAUCUACAAGCAAUGGAUCGAGCACAUCGAAUGGGUCAGAAAAAAGUUGUGAAUGUCUAUAGAUUGAUAACAAAAAACACACUUGAAGAAAAAAUAAUGAGUUUACAAAAAUUCAAACUUCUUACGGCCAAUACCAUUAUAUCAACAGAUAAUACAUUACUGCAAAGUAUGAGGACGGAACAACUAUUAGAUUUAUUUACAUUAAGUCAAGAAAAAGAGCUAAGUACUAAUCAUACUGGAGAAGAUGAGUAUAAAACAAAAGUAAGUGGAUCAUCGAGCAUCAAGCGCUCCCUUUUAGAAAGUUUACCUGAACUGUGGGAACCAAAUCAGUACGACGAUGAAUAUGAUUUGGAUGUAUUUUUGUCCACUUUUAAAGAUACUUGCUAAGAAACUACAAGAAAUUCAACUAAAACACUAAUGAGCCAAGUAUUUGGUUGCUCAAGAUUUGAAUAAAUGUAAAAUAAUUGUUAAAUAUAAUAAUCUUAUACAAAAACACACUUGUUUAUGUACAUACUUUGCUAUUGCAUAUUGUAAACUCCUUUCUUACUCUUCUUUACCAUGUAAUGUUACUGGUUUAGGGGAUUGUCACAGCCGCAACACAAGUAGACUGCUCGA